UUUUUCUUUUAAAAUAUUUAUAUUUUCAAUGUCUCGAACAGAACAACGUCAUCAACUUUUAGAAUUAUUAGGUGAAAAAAUAUCAGAGCCUGAAAGGACUGAUUUUAACCUUGAUAGAUGGUUGGAGGCUUAUGAUGAGAACCCUCAACGUGCAGCAGAAGCUUACUUUGAAUAUUUUAAAAACAAAAAAUCUCUAAACUUGGAUAGACCUGAAGCCUAUGACGAUUUUUAUUUGAAGUCUGAUAUGAUAAAUUAUUAUAAUAUUUUUGCUCAGAGCAAACCAACAUCCGAUUGGGUUAAUUCUUUCGAUAAUGGAAUUGUUUUUGUGGAAAUGGGCACAAAAGAUUCGAUAAAAUCAUCAAAAUCAAUCAGAGCAGGAGAAUUUUUACAAUGCUUUUUCCGUGCUUGUGAAUAUUUUCUAAAAAUAUUAUUAGAAUAUGAACAAAAGUGUGGGAAAAGAUCUUUUGGAGUGGCUAUUUUUGAUAUGCAAAAUAUGUCAAUACUUCAAUAUGUUAAUCCAAUGGCACCGAUUAAUCGAAUAUUUGAGGCUCGAGUCAAUGUAUUAAUGUCUUAUUAUUCUGAGGUUGUUAAAAAUAUUGUUAUCGUUAACCCUCCAAGGGUUUUGAAUGUUUUAAUGAAGAUAAUUUCAUUAAUUUUGCCAGCCAAAGUAAUUAACAGAAUCCAUAUAGCUGUCCAGCAUUCUGAUAUACCCAAAUGGAUAUCUAAUGAUUCUAUUCCUGUAGGCUAUGGAGGUUUAAAAAUUAUUAAGGAUGCUGAAGUGCCUGAAACUGGGUGUAAUAUACAAAAAGAAUUGGGGAAUGACGAUUUUAGAGUAAAUUUGUUUUAA